AUGUCUGACUACGGCGGCGACGACCACGAGCCCGAGGCCUACGACUACGAGCCCCAUGAGGAGGUCUUCGAUGAUGCUGAGCCCGAGGAUUUUCUUGACAACGAGGGUCUCGAGGGUGACGAUGGUGUUGAAGGAGAAUCGUACCAGCCGGCCGUGAACGGCGAAAACGUCGUCGUCUCCGGUGAUCCAAACUCUGGACAAUCGGCCAAGGUGAUGGAACAGUCACGCGAGAAGAAGGUCCCCAAUGACCAGCGCACCACCACCCCAUACCUCACCAAAUACGAGCGCGCCCGUGUGCUGGGCACCCGCGCUCUGCAGAUUAGUAUGAACGCCCCUGUGCUCGUUGACCUUGAGGGUGAAACCGAUCCCCUGCAGAUCGCUAUGAAGGAAUUGAACCAAAAGAAGAUCCCUCUGAUCGUGCGGCGGUACUUGCCUGACGGAUGGUAUGAGGAUUGGACUUGCGAGGAACUCCUGUAG